AUGGAAAAAAUAGGGCCAAAUAUAGUAAAAGUAUUGCAAAUUAUACCACAAUCAAACAUCGCCAUCCUAACCAGCACCAACUGCAUCCUGAUCAUCUCAGCAAUCUCAUUGCCAUGUUUAUAUGAGGAUGAUAACUGGAUAAUUGACAAUAAGACUUGUAAAGGAUUCAAAUGUUCUGUUCGAGGUAAAUUUGAAGUAAAGUCACGCAAUACAGUCAUUGAUGGAAUCAAACGUAAAGACCCAACUGGAUAUCCUCAACCUGAAAACUACGCUGACCCAUCAACAUUAUGGAUUGAUAAGUUAAUCAUGUGGUACAUUCCAAAAGGAUUAGAAACUUAUUUUGCAGCUUUGAUAUCCUUGACAAUCAUGCGCGUCGAAUUAAAGGAAUUAAAGCAGGCAGACUUGAAGGUAUUUCCAAAUUUGACAUUCCUGAACCUGAACAACAAUCAAAUUGAGGUCCUCGGCAAAGACUUGUUUAAGUUCAAUCCAAAAUUGCAAGGAAUCAUGCUGAACUUCAACUUGAUCAAGUACAUUGAUGAGAACAUUUUGAAUGACAUGAAGGAGCUUAAGCUGAUUAGUUUUGGAUCAAAUGACUGCAUCAAUCAAGGCGCUUCAAAGCGAGAUGAAGUUAUGACAAAAGUUAAGAAUGCAAUCAGGAACAAUUGUCAACAAUAUGGACAGCUUCAAAAGACUGAAGUUUCAAAAAAGACUGGAACUCAGCAUGGGAAAUACUUUUGGAUUUGGGUUGGAUGUGGAGUCAUUGUUGGGAUAUUUGUGAUUUGUGCUGUUUCUAGGAUUAUUUAUGGAAUUUUUAAGAAAGCUUAA